AUGCAGGAUGCUGCAGCCAGACAGGCCCCGGGCCUCGGAGGAGGGGACGGCCGCGGGGUCCCGCGGGGUGACUGCGUCAUCUGCUGCUCUGCCUACGACCUAGCGGGCCACCUGCCGCACCGUCUCUACUGCGGCCACACCUUCUGCCAGGCGUGCAUGCGGCGGCUGGACACGCCAGUGGGCGAGCAGCGCUGGAUCCCCUGCCCACAGUGCCGCCAGAGCACACCCACACCCCGGGGAGGGGUGGCCCUGCUGGACCUCGACCUGGCCGCCUUCCUGGCCGUGAGGGCUGAGCGGGAGCCAUCUCGCAGGGAGCCCCCUGCAGCCCCCAAGGGCAGUGCCGCCAUCACUCAGCAGCCGGCCAGGCUCUGUCCCACCCUAGGCCCCCAGCCCCACUUCCCCCAGGCCCAGGGCUGUUGCGGUCUCUGCUGGGACGCCCCUGGCGGUCCCGAGGUCUGA